AUGGCGAGAACGGAGAUGAAAGGACAAUGGCUGGAUGUGUGGAUUUCUUUUUGUCUGGCUCUGUUGAUUGUGACUCGCUUGGAAGGAAUCUCUGCUCAAAUACGGUAUUCCAUCCAGGAGGAACUAAAAUUAGGCACGGCCGUUGGAAAUAUAGCCAAAGACCUUGGAUUAGAUCUUGGGGGACUGGCGGACAGGAAUCUUCGCGUCGUGUCAGGGACAAAGCAGGAUCUGUUCAAGGUAAAUCCCAGAAAUGGUGUUUUGUCGGUGAACCAGAGAGUAGACAGGGAGGAGCUGUGUGCCAAAACGGUUCCAUGCAUCACAAGUCUGAAAGCAGUUGUGGAAAAUCCUCUAGAGAUGCACCAAGUAAUAGUUGAGAUUCUAGAUGUAAACGACAAUUCGCCGAAGUUUCCUGAAGAAAACUACACAUUAGAGGUGCUGGAGUCCGCCAUAGUUGGCUCUCGAUUUCAGAUGGAAGGAGCACACGACUUGGACGUUGGAUUGAAUUCCUUACAAUCAUACAAGCUAAACCAUAACCAGUAUUUUCGGCUGGCAACUGAAGAAUUUGGCGAGGAUGGAAAGGUUCCGUUCCUAAUAUCACAGCAACCUUUAGAUAGAGAACGCGUCGCACAACACUGGUUAUUAUUAACAGCCACAGAUGGGGGUAAACCAUCAAAAUCUGGUACUGUUAAUAUCACUGUUAUUGUAUCAGACAUUAAUGACAACUCACCAGUGUGUGAUAAACAGAAAUACACCGUAACAAUAAAGGAAAACGCACCUGUAGGAACAUUUCUGCUGACAGUAAAUGCAACUGACUCGGACGAGGGGGUGAACGGUGAGAUCGAAUAUUCGCUACGGAGUAAAGUCAGAGGACUCUCAUCUGAGCCCUUUGAUUUGAACAGCAGAAGUGGCAAACUAACGGUGAAGGGGCGUCUUGAUUACGAGGAAAAACAAGUCUAUGAGCUGAAGGUACUGGCUGCGGAUAAAGGCGCCGUGCCUCUCUCCACACACUGCAAUGUUGUUGUUAGAGUGGGAGACGUGAACGACAACCCACCCGAAAUAGACAUCACAUCCCUUUCAAGUCGCAUUCCGGAGGAUGCACCUCCUGGCACGGUGGUGGCGUUGAUGGGCGUGACGGACCUUGACUCGGGUGUGAACGGACAAGUGGUGUGCAGUGUGUCCGGUCAUUUACCUUUUGACUUAAAGCCAUCCCCUGACGGACAGUCAUACUCUUUGGUCACAAAAGACUACCUGGAUAAAGAAACAAUGCAUAUGUAUGAUAUUACAAUAACAGCGAAGGAUUUAGGGAGCCCUGCACUUUCAUCCACAAAGGUGAUACAGGUAGAUGUGCUAGAUGUUAAUGAUAACAGUCCGCUAUUCACUGAGCGUCCAUAUACCUUUUAUGUGCCUGAAAACAACAAGGCUGGAAUGUCAAUUUUUUCAGUGAGCGCGACGGACAACGAUGGAGGUGAAAAUGCAGCAGUCACAUAUUCACUGAACCGGAAGAGUCCGGGGCACAGCGUAACCUCAUUUUUAAAUAUAAAUGAAGCCAAUGGUACAAUAUCCGCACUGAAAAGUUUCGACUUUGAAACAGUGAAAACUUUCCAGUUCCAAGUUGUUGCCACAGAUUCUGGAACUCCGUCACUGAGCAGCAACGUCACAGUGAACGUGUUCAUUCUGGAUCAGAACGACAACGCUCCAGUCAUCCUGUAUCCACUCAGCUCCAACGGCUCUGCUGAAGGGGUGGAGGAGAUUCCCCGCAAUGUCAACGCAGGACACUUGGUGAGCAAAGUCAGAGCCUAUGACGCUGAUAUAGGAUAUAACGGCUGGCUGCUGUUCUCACUGCAGGAAGUCACUGACCACAGUCUCUUUGGUUUGGACCGCUAUACAGGACAGAUCAGAACACUUCGCUCAUUCACAGAGACAGACGAGGCUGAGCAUAAACUGCUCAUACUGGUCAAAGACAAUGGCAACGUUUCACUCUCAGCAACAGCUACUGUCAUUGUCAAAGUCGUGGAGCCCAAAGAGGCUUUUGCAGCUUCUGAUGUGAAAAGUGCAGCAAAGGAUGAGGAGGGGAAUGAUGUGACUUUUUAUCUGAUGAUCACUUUGGGCUCAGUUUCAGUGCUUUUUAUCAUCAGUAUCAUCGUGCUGAUUGCAAUGCAGUGCUCCAAAUCCACAGACUAUACUUCUAAAUAUCUACAAGAGACUAAUUAUGAUGGGACACUGUGUCACAGCAUCCAGUACAGAUCAGGAGACAAACGGUACAUGUUAGUUGGACCAAGGAUGAGUAUUGGAUCUACUAUAGCGCCUGUCAGCCAUGCGAAUACACUCGUGCUUCCUGACAGGAGACGCCCAUCAGGAGAGGUAAGUCCAUGGAUCGACUUUAAUUAA